UAUGGGAGCACAGGGCAAAGGGAAACCCACCGUCCUCAGGCCCCGGCUCUCUCUGAGAGUUUACAUGUGCCAUUCACGGACAGGACACUGCACACAUCCUGUCCCAUCAUACAGCCACCAAGGGAAGUGCUCACUCACAGCCGAAGGAGGUGGGUCUGCACAUGUCCUGUCUACUGAUGGUGCCCGGGCUGAGUCACAGGUCAGAUCCACUUUCCUGAGCAUCUCUCCUCUGGCUUCUGACUGUGAUGGCGUGUACCGUGGACACACAGGGGCCCACAACCCAGAGAGUCUCCGUGCUGACCCUCAUCUUCCUAAUGGCCCUCUGCCUUUCCCCUGGUGUGAGUGACCUCAGUUUCGAGUCCGAGGACUCUCCAGCACCCUCCACUGAACUCCUGGAGAGACUGCCCAGCUAUGACCAUCUUCUUCAGAGGGACAGUCAGCAGGUGUCAUUUCCACCUUCAGAGGCCCUGGGGAGGCUGCUGGAGCCACCGUCUUGGCCCUCCAUCCUGGAACACAGCAGAGUCCCUGUUGUGACCGAGGCGGUGGCCCGGGAGGCCCUCCUCAGCUUUGUGAACUCCAAAUGCUGCUAUGGCACUGCAGCCGCCAGGGACUUCGUCAUCCAGGAGCUGAGGCAGCAGACCCUCUGCAGGUACCGACUGGAGACCUUCAGCGAGUCCAGGAUAAGCGAGUGGACAUUUCAACCCUUCACUAACCACUCAGUCAACGGGCCACAGAGAGGCACCUUGCCCAAGCUCUGGGACAUCCAGGUCCAGGUCCCCGCGAUGUUCCAGGAGGACACUAGGAAGUCCCAGGUGCCUCACACCUCCCUGGUCAAGGACUGUCACAAGUGCCGUGGCCACGGGCGGUACAAGUGCAGUGGCUGCCACGGAUCUGGCACGGUGAGGUGCCCAGCAUGCAGCGGAACCAAGCGCAGAGCCCGGCCACCUCGGAGGUGUCCCCUGUGCUCAGGCUCUGGCAGGCGCAGGUGCAGCGCGUGCUCUGGAAGAGGGCGCAAGACGUGCGCCACCUGCCGGGGGGAGCGGAAGCUGGUGCACUCUGUCCAGCUGGUCACCACGUGGAGGAACAGCGUGUUUGAGUUCGUGUCUGAGCCCCACCUCGACUGCCCCAGGGAGCUCCUGGGGAAAGCCAGAGGAGAAAGCCUCUUCAGGGACGAGAACUUGGCAGUGUACCCCAUUGUGGACUUCCCCCUGCAGGAGAUCUCUCUGGCCUCUCGCAGGGGCAUCGAGGAGCACAGUGCUGCCCUGGCCUCUCGGGGCCGCAUCCUGCAGCAGCGCCAGACCAUCGAGCUGGUCCCCCUCACAGAAGUUCGUUACCGGUACCAAGGGAAGACUUCUGUUUACUACGUCUACGGCACUGACCACCAGGUGUACGCGGUGGACUACCCGCAGCGGUACUGCUGUGGCUGCACCAUCAUCUGACCACACAUCUGUCCCGGGGCCCCAUCUUCACCUGUUGGGGUCGGGGCGUGGCGAGGCCUGAGCUUGUGCAUGGCUGGUCAUGCUGGACAGCCAUACACAAACCCUGCAUGUCCCAGGAGAGGGUUUAAACCAUUUAAACAAGGGCUUUGCCUUGCUCUCCAAGCUGAUACUCCAGUUGAUGGUGGGAUGGUUUCAUGUCAAAGUGCCUUCUGUUAAUCUGGGUGUGGCUUCUAGAGCCGGCCUCAGCCUGAGCUGAGUAUGGAGCAGAUAGAAAAGACAGCCCCAAGCCAGCUGUCCUUGGCAAGAGGCCUGACCCAGAGUUUAGCUGUAGCUCUAGCUUGGCGGUUGCUUUGUGCCUUGUGGGUUUGGGGCCAGUCCAGAAGACCUGAAGGCUAUAGGCAGAUUCACCCAGACAUCUGGUGGUUGAUGGGAGUCCCCUCAAGAGGCUCUGUGCCUGUCCCCUUCAGGGAAACUGAAGUCUGUUCCCAGAAGCUACAUUGCAGGAACUGACCAUGUUUAUCAGGCUCUGCCACGAGUCACUGUGCACCCUGUGGCUGGGCUUGGGGAGAGGAUCCCUACUGACCGAAUGCAGGGCCAGCAUGAAGAGGUGGUAUAGACCAGGAGGCCACCAGAACCAGGGGCACCUGCUGCUGGCCCAGAAGGGGAUGUUACUGAGGCCUCUGAGAGCGGACAGGAGAGGUGUCCAAGCUCCAACUGGACCUUCGGUCUCUGCCCCCACCCCACCCUAAAGACAGAAACCCAGAAGGCUGGGGAGGCGGGCCACACCCAGAGCAUGGAUGAUAAGAGAUGUGCAAACAGCCUUGCAUCCUCCUGGCUGCCGGUGAUCCUAGGUCCCGGGUUCCAUGGCUGCUGCUGCUUCCCACAUUCUGGCCGAGCCUCGUGGGUCGGUCUGGACUAAGUGCCUGCAGUGGGCUUGUUAUCAGGAGCAGUGGUGUCUGGGAUGAGGCCUCUAGGCUCCUUUGGGCAUCACAGAACCCAAGGGAAACAGGACUGGGAGACAAGUGGCCUGAUCAGCACGUGGAGGAGCCCAAGGGCCCCAGGAGACACACACUGAGGUCGGGGGACAGGGGGACAGAAGGGGAUGGGAGGAGACAGGCUUCCUAGGCAGAGCCGCCUGCUGCAUCUAGCUGCAUUUCUUAGGGCAUCGUACAAAUGAAGGGAUUGGAGGUGACACUCCCGGCAGUUGGUGGCUGGGGCCCAGAAAAGUGAUUGUCAAGCGGUGCUUGGAGACACUCAUGCAGCGAAGUUAUUUGCCUGUGGGACACGACAUGUAAACAUUCCUCUGGCGUUCAUGUAAGGAUAUUACCUACUUAGUUACAUACAAAAGGCUCAUCAAUGACUAUUUGCUAAUUUUUAUUUAGUAUUCAACUUGUUCUUUGAUUUUCCCCUGUAUGUCUUAUUUGCAAUGACUUCUGAUUGUUCUUAAUUUAGAUUUAUGCAGUGUCCAUGGAUGGACGAGCUAGUGAGAUUCCUCACUGAAAUACAAGUGUUUUCUAAAAAUCA